GCGCUCGCUGCCCUGGGAGGAGUGACGGCAGCGGCAGCGGCAGCAGUGGGGAAGAUGGCGGAGGCGGCGGCGGCAGCGGUGCCGCAGCACCGGUUUUUUUGCCACAGCUGCAAGGGCGAGGUCAGCCCCAAGCUGCCGGAAUACACCUGCCCCCGCUGUGAGUCUGGCUUCAUCGAGGAAGUCACUGAUGAUUCCAGUUUUUUUGAUGGCAAUGCCUUGGAUGACAGCCCCUCCUCACAGUUUGCAGAGCUUUGGGACCACUUGGAUCACACAAUGUUCUUCCCGGAUUUCCGGCCGUUCCUGAGCAGCAGCUCCCUGGAUGCAGAGGGCCGGGAUGUGGAGAGGGGCCCCCCGGCCGAGCUGUGGGGGCCCGGCCGCCCCCCGCGGCUGCCGAUGCCCCGGCGGUACCGGUCCCGCGGCAGCUCCCGCCCGGACCGCUCGCCCGCCAUCGAGGGGAUAAUCCAGCAGAUCUUUGCUGGGUUUUUUGCCAACUCAGCUGUUCCUGGCUCCCAACAUCCUUUUUCCUGGAGCGGGAUGCUGCACUCCAAUCCUGGGGAUUAUGCGUGGGGACAGAGCGGCCUUGACGCCAUCGUCACCCAGCUCCUUGGACAGCUGGAAAACACGGGGCCACCGCCGGCAGACAAGGAGAAGAUCUCGUCACUCCCGACAGUGGCGGUGACACAAGAACAAGUCGACACGGGGCUGGAAUGCCCGGUGUGCAAGGAGGAUUACGCCGUGGCGGAACAGGUCCGGCAGCUCCCCUGCAACCACGUCUUCCACAGCAGCUGCAUUGUGCCCUGGCUGGAGCUGGUAAGAUCCCAGAAAACCCGUGUGUGCCGCGGGAUAACCCCCCAGGAUAACGGCUCUGUGUUCCCCGCAGCACGACACGUGUCCGGUCUGCAGGAAGAGCCUGAAGGGGGAAGAUUCCACCCGGCAAAUGCCGAAUGCUGACGCUUCCGACAGCCCAGUGCAGGAGCCAUGGACUUUCUGACCCUUCUGAAAGGUUCUGGAGCGCUCCAGAGGGUUCCGAAGGCCAGAGCAUCCCUGCUCGAGGUGUACAUUGUCAGAGAAUUCCAACAAACCCCCCCGAGUAGCAGGAGUUAGGGGGCCCACCUUGUGGGAUUACUGCACCAAGCGCUCUUCUCCCAGGAAUUUAUCCUUCUGCUCCAUGGAAUUGCCUCGUUCGUCCUAAAUUGGGAAUUUUGGGAGUGAUUUGGUUUCAUUUUGUAUCAGAAAAGGUUUUUUUUUCCAGUGGGGCCCAGUCUGGUGAGGGAUUCCAAGUCCCUCAUAGCCUUCUCUGGAAAAAGGUUGGGAUAAAAAGGGGAUUUUUUGGAAUCUUCCUGUACUCCAGAAGAUUGGAAUUGUAUGCACAAGAGAUUUUAUUGCCCCAUUUUGGAUGGAAUCCUUGGGGUCUAUAAAAUCAUGGCAGGUAGAAGAAAGGGUCUGGAGCCCUUCCUUAGUGGGGGUCGGACCCUCAGGAGCCCCCGUAGUCCUGGAAAGACUGUGGGAAUGCUGUGGUAUCAGCAAUGCACUGAGCAGGAUUUUGUCUCAUCCUGGACUAUUUUUGGGGUUGAUUUGGGUUUUUCUGACCCUUUUCCACAUGCCUGUGGCGCCAGGUGUGUCCAAACUUCCCUCUGCCCCCACGAGUCAUUCCAGGCAGGAAUUACGGACCACUCCCUUGGGAAUCCCCCUGCCCUCCCCCAUAAGUUAAGGAAACUCUUUAUUUUUGCUGAUUCUUGGGUUGUUUUGAGAAUUUUUCCCAUUUCUGUGACGUUUUUCCAGGUCUGAAUCCUGGGAGUUAUCCUCGUAGUCGUGGUAUCCACUGACUGCCCCAUGGGGACAUUGUGUGGGGGACAUUCCCAAACCCCUUGGGCUCAGUGGCUCCACAUCCACACGGAUUUAAUUCCUGAUUUUCUUUGCUCUUCCGUCCAAUAAAGGCCUUUCUCAAUGAA